UAUAAACUCUCCUGUGCAUCCCCAUAUGAGGCUUGCGUGCACCAUGGUCACCACGGAGAUCAAGAAGAAGGAUGCGAGGGGUCUGCUGCUCGUGCUCUUCCUCGGCCAGCUCUUGGCCUUCUCCAUGGCGGCCGCCAGCUUCACCUCGUCCUUCCUUGCCAAUCUUGGAGUUGAUGCACCACUCACGCAGUCCUUCUUCGCAUACCUCCUGUUGACCUUAGUUUAUGUACCAAUCCUCUUGCGUCGACGACAGAAACCGCGGAUACCUUGGUAUUGGUACCUAGCGCUGGCCUUCGUCGAUACGCAGGGGGGCUAUCUGGUUGUCAAGGCAUACCAGUACUCAUCGAUCACCAGUGUAACAUUGUUGGAUUGUUGGACUGUUGUCUGGGUCAUCAUACUCACACGGUACGCACUAGGCACGAGAUAUUCUUUCUGGCAGUUUCUAGGGGCAGGGACCUGUGUGGCUGGACUAGCGCUUGUGCUCCUUUCAGAUGCAAAAUCUCCAGAUGAGCAAGAUCCAGGUCAAAUGCCACUUCUAGGGGAUGCCCUUGUUAUUGCCGGGACAGUUUGCUUUGCAUUUAGCAAUGUCGGGGAGGAAUACUGUGUCAAGAAGAACGACCGAGUGGAACUUGUUGCGAUGCUUGGACUAUUUCAGUUGUUUAUCAGUACAAUUCAGAUAUUUAUAUUCGAAAGAAAGAGCCUAGAAGCAAUUGCCUGGUCUCCAACAAUGAUUAGUUCAUUCGGUGGAUAUGCCAUUGCAAUAUUUACGUUCACCUCCAUUAGUCCAUUUGUCCUUAAGAUGAGUGGAUCAACGUUGUUUAAUCUCUCACUCUUGACAUCUGACAUGUGGGCAGUAGCCAUUCGACUAUUGUUCUAUCAACAACAGAUCAAUUGGCUGUACUACGUAGCAUUCUCAGUUGUGGCCAUUGGAUUAAUCGUCUACUCACUGAAUGAGAGUUCUCCGGUCGAUGGAACAGCUAAGGGUACAGAAGCGGCAGCUCACUAUCAACAACUUCCAAGUGAGGAUAGCUCAACAAGUGGUUCUAAUUUGGACAGCCAAGAAAACAAGCAACUGGAAGCAGCUCACAUCUGUUAGGGGGUCUCAACGUACAAAGCCAGCUCCAUGAUUUCGGGUAUGGCCAUGAUCAGACGGCAGAAGAGCAUGUGCAGGGUACAAAAUCAUGUGCAAUUCAUGUAAAUGCAGGGCCCUUAUUGCUUCAAGAGAAAGAUUAUUUUGUACUAGGAUCGGAGGGUGAUCAGAAUACUUUUUGUAGCAUAUAAGUCCAAUAAAAUAAAUAGGGCCAUAGUUACCAAAAUAGGUGCAGGACCUACAACUACACACCAUAAUGAAGCCUACAUUGUACCCCAUUGUUCCCACCAGAAUGAUCAA